CGAAGACUCACACCAAGACCAAAAGACAACCUGGUCAAGUUCAUUCAGCCCUUCCCUUGACACGGACGCCAGAUGUCACAGCAUUUCAAACAGCAGAUAUGCUUCGUUAAAUCGAGAGCUGUCGGGAGCAUAAGAGAGGGACCCGCUCUCCACACCCGACUCAACUCGGAUUCUGCAUUCUGUCUUCAGUCCUCAUCCCUGAACUUUCACGCAUUCCUUUCUUCUUUGUAGCACCCCAACGUUCUCUUUAUGUUGUGUUCAGCAAAAUGUCCCCGAAGUACUGGGUUUCAUCAGAAGAUCUAAGUGCGGACUCAAGUCUUGAGGGCUCUCACAGUAGAUCACGUGACCGUUCAGACGAUGAGGAGGGAAAACACGAGGAUGGGGGUGUUUCCACUGCGGAGGGAAGCAUCCCUCGGAACUUCAAUGACCGAACAGUAGCAGGGCCAUUGGGAACGGAUGUUACGCUGCCUAGGUUGCCAAAUUUGCAACCACAACAGCAUGCAACUCUGUUUUAUCUCUCUUUAAUUGAAGGGAGAUGUAGGACACAGGCUGCAAAUACCAUCAAUGCAGGCUGUAGUCCAGAAAAUGCAGUACCGGAAGAUCAUCCUGAAGUGUUAGGCCUUGCUCGACAUCUCUUUGAUGAGAUGCGAAGUGAGCUCGUGAGGGCUGGAUUGGUAUCUGAAGACUUUGCUGCGCCAACUCUCCCAGAUCUUCGAAAUUACCUAGAUUCAUUCGACAAUCUGCUCCAAAACAUUGCCACAAAGCGAAACUUCAAUCUUUCUGCACAACAACACCGCCACCGAGCGCUCCCUCACUUUGAGUCUUCAUCGAUUUAUUCGGAUAUUGUACCAUACAACCCCGGUCGAUUCGUCCUUCCACCCUCCUCACAUCAACAGAACCGCCAAACAGGCCCACUCUUUGAUUCUUCAUUGUUCAAUUCAGAUUUUGUACCAUACAACCCUGGUCCAUUGGCAAUUACGGCUCCACGUGAGCAGCAACUUCAAAGAAGUCCUUUAUCAAAGCUCUCUCACUUCUUCCCAAAAAUGCAGAAUACAACGCUCGGCAGGUCUCUCUAUGUUAGUGACUAUGAACAACUUGCCGUACUUGGCUCAGGCGGAUUUGGGAAGGUCUACAAAGCCCGACAUCGUUUAGAUGGCGCGGAGUACGCAAUCAAGAAGAUUGUGCUCACGGCCUCCCAUCUGCGUUACCUCUUGAAAGAGAAGAGGUUGGACAGAGUCCCCCGAGAGAUCAGGACCUUGGCGCGCUUGGAUCAUCACCACAUUACCCGUUAUCACCAUUGUUGGAUUGAGUCGACACCUUGUCCUUUGCCAAGAGAAGGCGAAGAUAACUCCAAUAACAAUUCUGAGUUCUCAGCUUCCCGUGUUCCAAGCCAAUCUAUUGCAGCUCUUUCGUCUGGAAUCCAGAGUAUACAGUUUGAUCUAGAGCGGGACCUCAACAAGCAGUUCACACUAGAGCGCAGAGCAACCUCGACCGGGGAAGAACACUUCGAUUCAUCAAUUGUUUUCAGCGACUCUGUAUCCAACAAGGAUUCCACCAACCCCCACAAUGUUAAGCAUGAAGAUGAUUCACCGAAGGCAAUUCAGUCUAUGUUCAGAAAACCCGGUGAGGAAAGUGACAGCACAGAAGAUGCAACAGAUGAAGUAGAAGAAAUCCCCCGUGUUGAGAUUGCAGAGACGGUAGACGUCGAUGAUCUAGUUAUCAACGAGGAUUUCGUUCUGUUCAUUAAGAUGACCCCCUACCCGGUAACGUUGGAUGACUUCAUCUGUCCCGACCUAGAAAGUACCGACAAGGACUCGGUAAUCAAGCACUGCUUCCACGCUCUCCCAGCCGCCCGCCUCCUCCUAGCCAUCCUCGAAGGAGUCGAGUAUCUACACAACAAGAAGAUCAUCCAUCGCGACCUCAAGCCAAAGAAUAUUUUCCUCGCAAUCCUCGACCCAGAGGAAAAGCCGACUCAAGGCUAUAUCAGAAUCGACAACUGUGCGGAGUGUGAUAACAAGAAGACGACUAAACCAAUUUUCGUCUGCCCUAAACUUGGGGACUUUGGUCUGAUUUACGAGUUGAAAGAAUUCAAUGCUGCUUAUUCCUCCUCACCCGGUCCUGUCCCGCCCCCUUUUGUCUCAUCCAAUGUCGGAACCACCCUCUACUGCCCUCCACUCCCGUCUGGAAAAAAUCCGGAACCCUGUGCCAAGCUGGACGUAUUCAGCUUAGGUAUAAUCGCAUUCGAGCUUCUAUACAAAUUCGGGACGGAAACAGAGCGGCGUGCGGUGUUGUCUAAUUUGGGGAAGAAGGGCGAGGUGCCAGACGAUUUCCGGGAGCAUGAGAUGAGAGAGGGGAUUGUGAAGAUGGUCUGCGAGGACAAAAACCGACGGUGGUCUACUGCUCUUGUCCGAGAGUGGUUGGAAGGAUUGGUUCAGAGUUGGGAGUAGACGGGGUGGGGCUGGUUUAUAUAUAUGUAUGAUUAAGAUACCCACUUGCGUUGCUGUUGCUACCAAACGAAUACAAAGUUUAAUGAUGCUCGU